GAGCUGUUCCCCCCAGAGUUAACUUUUUAAUCCCGGUUUUGUCGCGUUAUCAAACACACACACACACACACACAAGAGGAGGAGGCGGAGGAGGCCGGGGAGAGAAAGGGGGCGAAAAAGUCAGUCAUGGUAUGAAGUCGGCGUGAAAGCCGGAGCGUCCUUCCUGCAACAGAAGCCCGUUGAUAUUUAACUGUGAGGGAGAAGAAGAGGGGGAAAAAGGGAAAGGGAAGCCCGGAGAGAAGCGAGAGAAAAGCGGGGGUUCAAGAUGCAGCUGGCCGCGGUGCUGUGGGGAGCCCUGAUAACUUUACUGCUCAGCCGGACUCCAGGUGUUCAGGGCAGCGCUGAGUGUUCGUGUGGGAAGAAUCACUUCACGUGUGCGGUCAGUGCGUUUGGGGAGUGUACCUGCAUCCCGGCCCAGUGGCAGUGUGAUGGAGACAAUGACUGCGGGGACCACAGCGACGAGGACGGAUGCAUGCUCCCCACCUGCUCGCCGCUGGACUUCCACUGCGACAACGGCAAGUGUAUCCGUCGCUCCUGGGUGUGUGACGGAGACAACGACUGUGAGGAUGACUCUGACGAACAGGACUGUCCUCCCAGGGAGUGCGAGGAGGACGAGUUUCACUGCCAGAAUGGCUACUGCAUUCGCAGCCUCUGGCACUGUGAUGGCGACAACGAUUGCGGGGACAACAGUGAUGAACAGUGCGACAUGCGUAAAUGUUCGGACAAGGAGUUCCGCUGCACAGAUGGCAGCUGUAUCGCUGAGCACUGGUUCUGUGACGGAGACACGGACUGUAAAGACGGAUCAGACGAGGAAAACUGCCCCUCAGAUGUGAUGACGGCCACCUGCAGCGUGGAGGAGUUCCAGUGUGCAUAUGGACACUGCAUCCUGGACAUCUACCACUGUGACGGAGACGACGACUGUGGAGACUGGUCAGAUGAGUCGGACUGCUCCUCCCAUCAGCCCUGCAGAUCAGUCGAAUUCAUGUGCAGCAGUGGGAUGUGCAUCAACGCCGGCUGGAGGUGUGACGGCGAGUUCGACUGUGACGACCAAUCAGACGAGAAGAACUGCACCACAUCCAUGUGCACGGCUGACCAGUUCCGCUGUGGAACUGGACGCUGUGUCCGGUUGUCAUGGAGAUGCGAUGGCGAGGAUGACUGCUCGGAUCGCAGCGAUGAAGAGGGCUGUGAGAAAACCGAGAGUCCUCCAUGUGCUCCUGAUCAGUUCCAGUGUGGGAAUGGACGCUGUAUUGGUCAGAGGAAGGUGUGUAAUGAGGUCAACGACUGCGGAGACGGGACUGACGAACACCCACACCAUGACUGCCGGCCGCGCUCCAGUGAGGGCAACUGUAACCAGAAUAACGGAGGCUGCUCCCAAAAGUGUCAGAUGGUCAGAGGACUAGUCCAGUGCACCUGUCACACUGGAUACCGGCUGAUGGAUGACGGCAAAGCCUGCCAGGAUGUGGACGAGUGUGCUGACGAAGGCUACUGCAGCCAGGGCUGUACCAACACAGAGGGGGGGUUCCAGUGCUGGUGCGUUCAGGGCUAUGAGCUCCGGCCUGACAAGCGCAGCUGCAAAGCUCUGGGUCCAGAGCCGGUUCUGCUGUUCGCCAACCGCAUCGACAUCCGUCAGGUUUUGCCGCAUCGCUCUGAGUACACCCUGCUGCUAAACAACCUGGAGAACGCCAUCGCCCUGGACUUCCACCACAGCCGCGAGCUGGUCUUCUGGUCGGAUGUGACGCUGGACCGCAUCAUGAAGGCCAACCUCAACGGCUCCAACGUGGAGGAGGUCGUCUCCACCGGUCUGGAGAGCCCAGGUGGACUGGCCAUUGACUGGAUCCAUGACAAGUUGUACUGGACAGACUCGGGGACAUCCCGUAUCGAGGUAGCCAACCUGGACGGGACACACCGCAAAGUGCUGCUGUGGCAGAACAUGGAGAAGCCCAGAGCCAUUGCGCUGCACCCCAUAGAGGGUAAAAUCUACUGGACAGACUGGGGCAACACACCUCGCAUCGAGUACGCCAACAUGGAUGGUUCCAACCGGCGGGUCAUCGCAGACACACACCUGUUCUGGCCCAAUGGCCUCACCAUCGACUAUGCCGGCCGUCGCAUGUACUGGGUCGACGCCAAGCACCACGUCAUCGAGAGGGCUGACCUGGAUGGACGCAACCGCAAGGCCGUCAUCAGCCAAGGCCUACCCCACCCAUUUGCCAUCACGGUGUUUGAGGACAGCCUCUACUGGACCGACUGGCACACCAAGAGCAUCAACAGCGCCAACAAAUUCACUGGCAAGAACCAGGAGAUUAUUCGCAACAAGCUGCACUUCCCCAUGGACAUCCACACCCUGCACCCCCAGAGGCAGCCUGCAGGUGGCAGGAACCGCUGUGGCACCAACAAUGGAGGCUGCAGCCACCUGUGUCUCCCCAGCAACAAGACAUACACCUGUGCCUGUCCCACCGGCUUCAAGAAGGUGGACCACUACAACUGUGCCAACAGUCUUGACAAGUUCCUGCUUUUUGCCCGAAGGACGGACAUCCGACGAAUCAGCUUCGAUACAGAGGACAUGUCCGAUGAUGUCAUCCCUCUGGCUGACGUGCGCAAUGCCGUGGCGCUGGACUGGGACGCCAAAGACGGCUACAUCUACUGGACGGACGUCACCACUGACUCUAUCAACAGAGCACUGUGGAACGGCACCAAGCAAGAGGUGGUGGUGGACACCAGUCUGGAGAGCCCAGCAGGUUUGGCGAUUGACUGGGUGACCAGCAAGUUGUACUGGACCGACGCUGGUACGGAUCGUAUUGAAGUUUCUAAUGCCGAUGGGACCAUGCGGACUGUCCUGAUAUGGGAGAACCUGGACCGACCCAGGGACAUUGUCGUUGACCCAAUCGGAGGUUUCAUGUACUGGACAGACUGGGGUGCCAACCCGAAGAUCGAGCGUGCGGGAAUGGACGCCUCCAGUCGCAUUGUCAUCAUCUCAUCCAAUCUGACUUGGCCCAACGGGCUCGCUAUUGACUACGAGACCAAAAGGCUGUACUGGGCUGAUGCUGGCAUGAAGACAAUUGAAUUUGGCAACUUUGAUGGUUCUGAUCGACAGGUUUUGAUUGGCAGCCAGCUGCCUCACCCCUUUGGCCUGACUGUUCAUGAGGACAAGCUGUACUGGACAGACUGGCAGUCGAAGAGCAUCCAAAGCGCCGACAAGCUCACCGGCUUGGGGCGGCAAACACUGGCUGAAAACCUGGAGAACCUCAUGGACAUUCACAUGUUCCAUAGACACCGCGAGACAGUGCAUAACCCUUGUGCGGUGAAAAAUGGAGGCUGCAGCCACCUCUGUCUCCUGGCUCCUGCUCCCAAAGCCUCCAGCUGUGCCUGUCCCACUGGGAUCAACCUGCAGGCAGAUGGGAAGACCUGCACGCCUGGAAUGAGCAGCUUCCUGAUCUUUGCACGGAGGACGGACAUCAGGAUGGUUUCUCUGGACAUCCCCUACUUUGCUGAUGUGGUUCUUGCCGUUAAUAGCUCCAUGAAAAACACCAUCGCCAUCGGUGUAGACCCCAAAGAAGCAAAAGUUUAUUGGUCGGACAGUACACUGAAGAAAAUCAGCAGAGCCAACAUCAAUGGAACGGCACAUGAAGAUAUCAUAAGCACAGGCUUGGUGACAACUGAUGGUCUAGCGGUGGAUGCUCGUGGCAGGAAGAUCUACUGGACAGACACAGGAACCAACCGCAUCGAGGUUGCCAACCUGGACGGCUCCAUGAGGAAAGUUCUCGUUUGGCAAAACCUGGACAGCCCUCGAGCCAUCGCUCUCUACCAUGAGAUGGGUUAUAUGUACUGGACAGACUGGGGAGAGCACGCUAAGCUGGAACGUUCAGCGAUGGAUGGGUCAGACCGAGUGGUCCUCAUCAGUAACAACCUGGGCUGGCCCAACGGCCUGGCCAUCGACAUGGCCGGAUCACAGCUACUGUGGGCCGACGCUCACACUGAGCGUAUUGAGGCGUCCGACCUGAACGGGCAGAAUCGCCGCACCCUCGUGACUCCUGUCCAGCACCCGUAUGGUUUAACCCUGCUGGGGUCCCACAUCUACUGGACCGAUUGGCAGAGCCGCAGCAUCCAGCGAGCUGACAAGAACACCGGGGCCAACACCAUCACGGUGCGAGCCAACCUGCCCGGCCUGAUGGACAUCCAGGCUGUGGACAGGGAGAAGCCACUGGGUUUUAAUAAGUGUGGCCGGAGGAACGGGGGAUGCACCCACCUGUGCCUGCCUCGUCCCAAUGGCACAUCCUGUGCCUGUCCCACCGGCAUCUUGCUCAAGGGAGACGGCAGGUCAUGUGACGAUUCCCCGGAGACGUACCUGCUCUUCUCCAACCGCGUCAGCGUGCGCAGAAUCUCCCUGGACACCAACGACCACACUGAUGUCCACGUCCCGGUGCCUGAGCUGCACAAUGUCAUCUCACUGGACUACGAUAGCGUGGACGGAAAACUUUACUACACCGAUGUCACCCUAGAUGUGAUAAGGCGUGCAAACCUGGACGGCACUAACAUGGAGACAGUGAUCAGCCAGGGCCUGAAGACCACAGAUGGGCUGGCUGUAGAUUGGGUGGCCAGGAACAUGUACUGGACAGACACUGGGCGCAACACCAUAGAGGUGGCCCGCCUGGAUGGAACGAGCCGCAAAGUUCUGGUCAACAACAGUUUGGAUGAACCCAGAGCCAUCGCGGUGUUCCCGAGCAAAGGGUUCCUGUUCUGGACUGACUGGGGUCACAUUGCAAAGAUUGAGCGAUCGCACUUGGACGGCUCGGACCGAAAGGUCCUGAUCAACACCGACCUAGGCUGGCCCAAUGGUCUCACACUAGACUACGACACACGAAGGAUCUACUGGGUGGACGCCCACUUAGACAGGAUCGAGAGUUCGGACCUAAACGGGAAACUGCGGCAGGUCCUCGUCAGCCCGGUCUCCCACCCAUUCGCACUCACACAGUUGAAGCCGGUGUCCUCCCCUCUAACCCCUUUCUCCCGACUCUCGCAGCAAGACCGCUGGAUCUACUGGACAGACUGGCAGACUAAGUCCAUCCAGCGGGUGGACAAACACACCGGCCGUAAUAAGGAAACCGUGCUGGCCAACGUGGAAGGCCUCAUGGACAUUAUAGUGGUAUCACCUCACAGACAAACAGGUACCAACCUGUGCGGGGUAAAUAAUGGCGGCUGCACUCACCUCUGCUUUGCAAAGACCAACAGUUUUGUGUGCGCCUGCCCUGAUGAACCAGAUGGACGACCCUGCUCCACCAUUUCAGGUUACAUCCCUACCUCUCCUGCCAGAGGGACCAGCAGCACUCCUGUCCCCAACAAGAUCCCCAAAGCUCCAACAGACACUCCACACAGAGGACCCUCAUUUGUCAACUGCACUGACAAGAACUUAAGUGUUGAAGACUGCACAAGCAAUGUGGUGAAAGCUCCUCACGGAGAAGGUCUUCAUAUCAGCUAUGUGAUUGGUGGAGUUCUGACCAUCCUGGCUAUUCUGAUCCUCCUCGCUGCUUUGAUCAUUUACAGACAUAAAAAGUCAAAGUUUGCUGACCCGGGAGUGAGCAACCUGACCUACAGUAACCCCUCGUACCGGACGUCCACGCAAGAGGUCAAGAUCGAGGCAUCGCAGAAGCCUCCGAUAUACAACCAGCUUCGAUAUAAGAAAGAGGGGGGAGUGGACGGAGGCUACACCAAGGAAAAGAUCCGCAUUGUGGAGGGCGUGUGUCUCCUGUCCAAUGAGGAGCUUUACUGGGAUGACCUAAAACAGAUCAAGCCGUCCCGAGGCGGCCUGCACACCUGCAUGCGCACAGACACCGUGUCCCUGCAGGCCAGCAGUGCUUCGCUAGAUGAUGGCGAGACAGAGCAGCUCCUCCAGGAGGAGGCGUCCGAGUGCUCCUCCAUAACCACCCUGACUCCCUCAGCCAUCACCCCACAGCGCCACGCCCAGCACAGCAUGCCUGACACCGGCUGGACCUCCACACGCAAGCCCUCCACCGAGAGCGAAGUGUGAAGGAGGCCCCCUGCCCUCUGUACUUUAUCUCAACCUCUGUUACCUAAUACAAACAUACACACACCUGUAUUUAUAGCUGGUACAAAAACACAAAGGUAAAUAGGUACAAACACAGUAACAGCUGCAUAUGUAGAGUAACAGUACAUAUGAACCUGGUUAGAUACAACUAAGCUCCCAUAAACACAACUCCUGAAAAUGGGGCUCCGUCCUACUUGUGCACACACACACACACACGGACAUAGAGUACAGUCCUUCAACAGAACCCUCAGUGCUACCGCGUUUAGGCAAAAUGAUAAACUAAUGAGCAUGCUGGAAUAAGAAAGCAAAUAACUCUGGGGAGGAAGUGAACAGAGAGACACAAGCGUUAUCUGGAGCAUUUUUAAAAGGAUGCAGACUCUCAGUGUGACCAACGCUUCUCUGUGUACGACUUCACCUUUAUUUUUUUGUGAACUUUUUUUUUUUUUCCUUUUUGGACAAAGCUAAAAUGACAUACUCCCUGGACGAUGUAACCAUGAUGCUCUCUCUAAUACCACUCAUGUCUUUAUGAACUCUAUUUAUGAACGUUUUUGUACUUGUAGAGUGGGUUUGCUGACUUUCAGAGAUCGGUGGGAGUGUUGUGUUAGAACUUUGUUCUGCAGGACCUGGGUAUUCAAGAGUUGUAUUUAUGACAGUGCCAAAGGGUGGGGCUUCACAGAGUCUCCAUGCUUCUUUCUGCAUUUACACUUCAGUAGAAAUGUAUCUUAAUUACGAAUUUGUUUGUUUCCUUUGACUUUACUGACUUGCCCUCACCGGUGCGAGACCUCAGUGAUGACAUCUUCUUCUGAUUUCUUAUUUUACAACCUCCAACGGGUCAAGCAAGGACUUGCUGUAGCUUGGGACUCUAAGCUGGUUGCAGAAGUCCAUUCAUCCUCUGCAAAAGUAAACUGAAAGGAGCCUUUUGUGUGUGUUUUUCUUUUUGGUUUGUUUGGUUUUUUUUAGAGUUAUGAUUCAACCAUUGUUGAUCCUCGGGCAUGGCAGAGGAAGCCGCGAUGAAGUAACAGCCUAAGUGCCAAACAUUUCGUUCUUUUUCCUCCUUCAGCUGUAUAUUUAUUUUUCUCAGAGGUUUUAAAAUGUACGUGACAUUCUUUUUUUUUUUUUUUUUUUUUUUUUUUUUUAAGUUGGUUUUGGCCACAGAAAAUCACGGAAAACAGAUCUUCUCAUUUACCACUACUGCUAUUCAGCCAUGCAGAUAGUUGUGGUUUUAUUUACCCAGCUGUUUGAUAUAUGUCUCUGGCAUUUGUUCUGCCCAAAAGAAACUGAGGUUUACAGUGGAACUGCUUCCUCAGUGCAGUCUCCCAUUGAACAUUUCGUUCAUUGGUGUUUCCAGAAAUUAUGGUUUAGGUUCUUGUGGUUUUCUGUUCAGAGAAAUGAUUAUCUAUGAGCACUUACUGUUAUAAUUUCAAGCUCUUUGAUUUUAAUUUUAACACAUUCAACAAGAAUUCAUUUUUUUUUAGAUGCUUAAAAAACAGCUUCCUUGAAUUUUGUGUGGAAGUGCAUUGUGUAUUAUACAGUGUUGUCACCAAUGUUCCCUUCUUCAUCAUAUCCACCAACAUACUCUAUCAAUAUCAUUUAGCUGUAAUCUCAGCUGUCUAAAAGAAAGUAUAUGCCAUUUGGCCAUCUCUGGCCAUUCUUAUAGCUUCUUUGACCCACAAUGUAGGAAAUUGCAUGAAUAUUUAGUUUUUACCAUUCCCGUUGUAACAAAUUGACUAAACUGAACGAGAUAAUGUUGAGAAAGGUCGUGUUGUAGGGUUAGAUUUUUAGAUAUUUGCAUCACUACAAAUGUCAGUGUGAUUUUGGGUCAGAUUUCCUUACUCAUGGAACAUAAUCACAAUCAAAGUUCCACUUUCACUUCGGCCCGGUUGUUUUGGGGUUGUGGCAAAUUUCAGAGGCAAUUAUAUCAAACAUUUGGCACAUACAACCAAAAGAAUCUGCGUGACCAAACAAUAUUAGAGGUAAAUGAGAACAUUUGUUCUUUUUAUAAUUUGAGUUUUGAUCCAUCAGCUCUAAAUUUGUAAUGCAAAGGUGCACUCCCAGUAUCUGCCACAGAACAGUAUAACAAAUGGGUAACUUAGGAACACUGUGCAUGUCUGACCCCAUCAGACAGUGAGGGUUAUAGUUUAGAAAUAUAUCACUGACAACUUACUGAAAAAUGAAUUUAAUACAAGUAAAGAUAUUAUGCAUUGCUUUAACUUUAGAGUACAAUUCUGUCUGUUGCUGAAAUAUGGUACAAGGAAAUACUAUAUUGUUAUAUUGACACAUAUAUCAGUUAGACUUUAUAGAACCGUGUAUUUUGAAGUAUCUUCUACAAGCUCAGCAACUUGCUGAUUUGCUGCUAGACGAAGCACUGAGGCCAAUGAAAGAGGGUCUUGGCAGCUACAUAAUUACGGUCUCUGACGGUUGGUUGACAGCAGACCUACUGAGCAUCACAGCGACCCAGUAACCAAUCAAACCAAUCAUCCCGGCUCACAGUCCCUCCAACUCUGCUGCAGGAAUGCUAAAACUGUACAGAUUUUAUCAUGCCGAUAUAAGCAAACAUUUCUGUUGAAGAUAUUGCGUUGAUUAAGUUGUAUAGUCUUUUGUACAAAGGGAUUUCAUGACCGUUUUUAGACUUGUUUUAAUUUUACUCACUGGAGAAGAACAUUUUUUAUUUUGUUUUUUUGCUGGAUUAUUUUAACCACUGUGUUUCCAAGCCUUGUAAAUGAUAGGGAAGAUGCCAGUUAUUUAAUAGUGCUCUUUUAUCUUAUGAAAUACUGGUCGCGUAUAGCUGUUGUAAAGUUAACAAAAAGAGGUAUUUAUGAUUUCUGUUUGGUUGUCACUUGAUGUGUAAAUAUGAAAAGACUGUAUAUGUAUUUCCAUGGCAGUACUAACAAGCUGUGUUGUGUGAUAUAGUGAAUUAUCCCUUUGCUAUCUUUUAAUAUAA